UUAAAUUUAAUUUCGUUCCCGCACACGCUGCUCUGCAGGCUUUUGUGCCAAAGUCAUAUUAACCCCUUGACUAGUUAAUAUGCACCGCACGACGUGGCCCACGUGCCAUGAAUAUUCAUAUUGAUGGCGGGUUUUUUUCCGGUGUCGUCUGGGCUGCUAUCCGCUCCCUCCUGUCCUUGCCGUUUAACGUAACCCUUUAACUGCUGCCGUUAUGAAAGCUUCCCGGAAGGCUCCGCAGUCGGGCUGCUUUCCACAAACUCUCAGAAAGUGCGCUGGCCUGCUCCUGGUGUACGUGUCGCUGCUCGCCGCUGAAACAAUGACAGAUAAGACCGUGCUGCCGAGCAGAGAGCGGGCUCUGAAGGGAAGGGAGGAGAGAAUGGUCGUAGCAGAUAAGCAUGCAGUUAAUGGGAAUCCCACUGUGGAGCCUUUUCCAGAAGGCAUGGAAACCAUCAUGUUUGGAAUGGGUUGUUUCUGGGGAGCUGAGAAACUGUUCUGGCGGCUUCCAGGAGUCUUCUCCACCCAGGUGGGCUUCGCCGGGGGCUUUACACCCAACCCGACCUACAAUGAAGUCUGCACAGGUCUGACAGGCCACACUGAGGUGGUGAGGGUGGUGUUCUCCCCUCAAGACAUCAGCCUUGGGGAGCUCCUCAGACAGUUUUGGGAGAACCACGAUCCUACACAAGGUAUGAAGCAGCACAACGAUCAAGGCACUCAGUAUCGUUCGGCCAUCUACACAUCCACUGCUGCUCAACGGGAGGCUGCAUUGAAGAGCAAAGAGGCCUUCCAGAAGGAGCUGGACAAGAAAGGCUACGGUCCAAUCACCACCGAGAUCCUGGAGGGACAGGAGUUUUUCUACGCUGAGGAUUACCAUCAGCAGUACCUGAAGAAGGUGCCCAAAGGCUACUGUGGCCUGAAAGGCACCGGGGUUGGUUGCCCUAUUGAAGGCAGCAAAGACGAGCUGUGAGGAGGUGAAUGAUGACAAACACAGGCAGACGAUUAAAACUAUGAAUACAAAAAAGGGGAAAUUUCACAGCAACAAAAUCUAUUAACUGAAAAAACAUCCUUAAAAAGUAUUUUCUUAAUGAUAAGUAAUAUGGAGCAGAAAUGCAAACUUUAUCAAUCAUAAAUAUUUUCACAUUUAAAACACUAAAUACAUAAAAUAGCUCUUUGUAAACAAGAAGGAAGUCUACAUAGUGACAUAAUUAACAUGUCAAUAGAAACCAGUGAUACAAAAGAAUGGAAAUAUACUUUCUUAUCCAAUAAGGGGGGAAAUUGAAGUAGACCAGCAGCAAAGUGAAAGGAGAACGCAGAUCUGACAUCAAAUAAAAGGCUUUAUAGCAAGGGCACAUUUACAACAGAGGGAAAAGUCAACUCAGAUUACAGAAAUGUGCAACUGAGGAUGAAUAUUAAACAAUAAUAAUAAUGUCUAUCUUCAUUUAUACAGACAGAUAUUUACAAGAAAGGAAAAUAUGUGCAAUGGAUCAGAGAGUUAAUCUACGAAACAAAUAAUGACAACUAAUAUUAAUGCUUAUUUGCUCUUUAUUACAUGGAAAACUAUAUGUUAAACUGUAAAAACCUAUAAUUUCUGUUAGGAGUGGGUGAUAUGAAAAGCAAUUCAGAUUAUAAUAUUUUUUGUUUUUGUCACUUUUUUUUUUUACAUUGAAGUCAAAAUCCCAAUUUUAUUACAAUUGCACAAAACAGUAAAGAAAAAAAAAGUCAAAGUGCAUUUAAGCCUAAGUAAUAAACCAAGGGAUCAAUAUUUUGCCAUUUGGGACCAAAUAUAACUGACAUUUAGUUAACAUGCAGCAGAUCUCAGAAAGAAACACGCUCUGAUAAAACAUCAGCUUUCUGUGAUUGAAAAGAAUCUUUUCAUGAUGCAAACAUUUCUGCGGUUUUCCCACAUCUAAUUUGAUAUUUGACAUAACCAAACUGAACUCAAAACAAAGGAAGCCAUAAAAGAGUUGCUGUACCAUCAGUGUUUACAUCUUUAAGAUAAAACUUACAGCUUUGAUGUAACAGUUUAUUUAGGCUUUUAUCUGCAUCUCAUAUUUGGACAAUCCCUCAGAUUGUGACAGCAUCUGUCCUUCUCGAGUCUCUUUAUUUUGACCCACACAACUUGUCUGACCUAGUUCUGAACUCCUUUAACUCGCCUUAGCUUUAAUAUUUUGCUGUUAAGCUGCUACCUUGGAUAUAUGAUUAGAUAAAUGAUGAUGCUGAGAGAUUAAAUGCAUCGUCGUCCUUAGCUUUCUGGCAGAAUCUAAAGUUUGCUUAUCUAAUUUAGAAUUGUUCAUAAUACCAAUUUGACUAAAACUUCAGCUUCAUAUAAACAAAAGCAACCCCGGAUCAUGAUGCUACCACCUCUAUGCUCUUUGUAGCUUUUGGAGCGGUGGUCCAGUUUGGUUUCUUCACACCAAACAUUACAUAUUUAAAGGCCUAGAAGUUUUGUUUGGUGUAAAUUCUUGUUUCCUUCAGACUUGCUGAUUUGACGACUGGUGUGAACCUGAGUCUGAAUCCUAACACUCCAUCAAAUGGUGGUUCUGUCCAGCAUUACUUUAAGGGUGUGUACAAAGGAACUAAUGCAGUAUUUUUUGGUUUUCUGUUUCUUCAUCCAUAGAUUCCCUUUUUUUAUUUAAAAUGGACAGGAUAUUUGUCACAUCAAAGUAGGAAAAGCUUUUAAUAAGAUUUAUCAUGGUCUAAUUUUUUUCUUAUUUACAAAUAGUGACAUUUUAAUAGAGGUAUGAACACUGUAUUUAAGAGUACUUUCACCAGGAGAGUACAGGGGACUUAGUUCUUUUGAGUAAGGAUUCCCCCAAAAACUAUGUUCCUUUAUUCAUCCUCGUUCAAUUUCAUGUUGUAUUUAAAAACAACAAAAAAAGAUAACAGACAUAACCAACAUCGUGCAGCCUGCAUAGCUGUUCAUUAUGGAUGCUAUCACAAGAGGCUGUCUAUUGAGAGCAGCAGAUGAGGCAGCUGGCCUAUAGCCUGUUGCUCUGUGCACAGAAGAAGACAGGGAGGAGUUAGAGACUACGGCCUGCUUUUUUAGGUUUACAGACACUAAGAGGUAUUGUAAAGAUUUAAACACUUUCAGACCGAAAAGAUGUUCGUAGAUCCUGAAGUUCACUAUCCCCCUUGAAGCGGACCACGCUGGUGUGUAGGGGACCAACGUUCACUUCAUCUUCUACAGACUAUACAAGAAACCACAUUCAGAUCUUUUCCAAGACUUGAAAACCACUUAAUCCAAGAGUUUUCCUUGUUUUACAUUUUCAUUUUAAAAAUGAAAUCAUCUCUCUGCUUUGGCAGAUCUUCAGCAUAUUCUGAGCCUUAAAUAUACAAAAUCUUCAUAUCUCCCACGCCUAAUUGCAGUAUUUUUGUUGUCUAACCAUUCAGCAUUACUCACAUUUAUUCAUAGCUGCAUAAACCUUAAAAUUAUACGUUAUCGUCCAACUUAUUAGGUACACCUUGCUGGUUUAACUCUUUAUAUCUGUGGAACUGGCCUUUUUCACUGUUUAAUAAAUUCAUCUGGUGUCAGAAACAUUCCUCUGGGAUUUUGGUUCAUAUUGAGAUGACUUGACUUCACCCUGUUGCUGCAGAUGUGUUUGCUGCACAUCCAUGAACUAAAGAUUGCAAAGAGGCUCUACUGGACUAAGAUUUUGUGACAUUGGAGGCCAUUGCAGUAACUUGAAAUAGAGCCGGGCGAAUAUUUCAUCACAGUUUUUAUAAUCGCAGAGACACUGAAUUUUGGUGACAUUAAAUUUAGCAAGAGCCAGACAUUUACUUUCUCACUCCGGUCCUUUAGAUGGUCAUAAAGGGAAGAGAAGGUUGAAGACAGAGUGCAGAUUCAUGCAUGAAUAUGUUGGGUUUUUUUUUUCUUUUUUAACAGUAACAGUAAAGUCCUGCAACAAAGCAUGCUUUCAGGGUCAAGAAAACCAUUCAACCCUUGAAUUAAUCAUCUACAUUAUUGUGAUUAUUGCAAAAAAUCACAAAAUUGGUUAAAAUAUAAAAAAAAUUUGAGACGUAACAAACUUUUUUUAUAUUGAAGAAACCAGUUAGAAAUGAUCUCACCUUUAUGGCAUGUUGCUAUCCUGCUGGAGGGUUAGGGUUACUAACAGGCUCAACUUUGAGGAGAUUAUCUCCCACUGCAUUAAGUUAACACAGCCAAACUGAACCAUUGAUUAAAGAGAGGCUAGAUCUAUUAUUUCCUGUUCUGAGCUCAGAUUCUGAUCAUACCAUCUGCAUUUUUGAAGCUGUUAUUGAGAUUCAACUGAAGACGGAACGUUUUUCCAAGAAGUUAUUGUUCAAUGUUGUCCAAUCUUUGUGAUCCUGAGAGAAAUAUCUUCUCAGUUUUCUGUUUUCAGCUGACAGAAGUGGCGGCAGCUCCGGUCUUGGCAGCUGUAGCCUCAAACAUUCAACAUGUUUCGUCUUCAAAUAUGGUAUUCUGCAUACCUUGGUUGCAUAGAGUGCUUAUUUGCGCUACCUUUGCCUUUCUGUUAUUAUCGUCUAACAUCAAAAAAACAGUUUCACCCAUGAAAGUACCUGUGGUUAGGUAUUUCCCCCCAUUCUGAUGCUUAACUUGUGCUCCAGCAAACCGUCACAUCUGGAUGAGUAAAUGUAAUAAGUUACAGAGUCUCUGCCUUUUUUACCAGCUACUUAACAGGUGUACCUAAUAAAAUGGCCAUAAUGUGUACUGUCAAAUGUUUCUUUUACAUAACUGUGUUGUUAUUCAUGUAAUAACUCAAUUAAUAAACCUGCAAAGACAUAUUUAGUGCUUUAGCCAUAACAUAAGAAUAAGCAGCAAAGGAUUUUAUAGACAUAUGUAGCUUAAAAGUUAUCACACAAAAAAAUUGAUUCAAGGAUUAAAAAAUUGCAUAAAAGAAAAAGUGAACUCAUUAAGGGUAAAAAGGGGAAAAAAUGGGCUUUGCAGUUCCAGUCAGUGUCCACAAGGUGGUGGUAUUUCUUAAACAUGAGUAACUUCCAGUUGCCUUUUUCAUGUUUAAAAUCAUUUAAAACAAAAUACUUUAUUUUGAAAGUUAAGAAACUAAAAAAAAAAAGAAAAGAAAAAUUGGAGGAAAAAUUCUGUGC